AUGAAAGCUGGGUAUCUUGUUUCAAAUAGACCAAUAUAUGUGGAAACAAGGAUUGAAAAUAAUGUUUGUGCGUUAUUGCUCCAUGCUGGAUACUUGACACCCUAUGAAAAUAAAUCACACAACUUAGUCUAUGUAGUCCCUAAUAAAGAAAUAAAGAGAUAUUUUUAUGAAAAAUUGUUUAUGAUAUGAAUCGAUAAAGCAAUUGAGAAAAAUAAAAUCAAUCUUUUUACAUGGAUAGAUAAAUAUAUUGAUUGUUUAGAGGACAAAGACCAGCUUCAAUAUCUUAUUCAAGUUGAGCUACUUGAUAAGAUGACUGACUGUUACAUCAAAAAUGAGGCUUUUUUCCAAAUUUAUACAGGAGGAAUAGCUCUUAUAGCAUUAGAACAAGCAUUGAGACCUAAUAUGAAUUGCAUAUAG